GGCAUGACGCUGGAUAUGUUUCACUCUUGUAAAUAUGAGACAACUUGAAAUAUUCCUCUUCUGUUUCCUCAUAACCAGUAACCUCACGGACUAAUGGGGAUUAUAUUAUUGAGCCUGAUUCUUCGGUACUGGAUCAACACCGUGGAGGGAUCAUGUUCAGCCGGCAGCGCUGUGACUUGUGACGAGUGUCUGCAGCUCAGUUCUCACUGUGCCUGGUGCACACAGGAGAAUUUCACAGACUGGUUUUCAGUCAGUGAAAGAUGUGACACACUGGAUAUCUUAUUAGAAAAGGGAUGUGUCCGGGGCCAGCUGGAGUUCCCUGUUUCCGAAGGCCAAAUUCUGCAGGAUCGCCCACUUGGGAGGAAGACAGACGGCGCUAACAGUACUCAGAUCUCCCCACAGAAAAUGGCACUCAAGCUGCGACCUAGCAGUCAGGUUACUUUCCAGGUCAAGAUUCAGCACACAGAGGACUAUCCUGUGGACAUCUACUACCUGAUGGACCUGUCAGCGUCCAUGAUUGAUGAUCUGAAGAUGAUCAAAGACCUAGGCUCCUCUUUGUCUAAAGAGAUGUCCAGCCUCACCAGUAAAUUUCGAAUGGGCUUUGGCUCUUUUGUGGAGAAACCAGUACUGCCCUUCAUCAAGAUCACAGAACAAGAUCUGGCUAACCCCUGCAGCGAGGUAAGCUCAACCUGCCUGCCAACCUUUGGCUACAAACAUGUCUUAUCUCUGACGAGCAGCACUGACAAGUUCAAUGAGAUCAUCAAAAUGCAGCGUGUAUCUGCAAAUAUUGAUGUGCCUGAGUGUGGCUUUGACGCCGUCAUGCAGGCAGCUGUUUGUGGGGACAAGAUAGGCUGGAGGAAUGACUCGAUGCGUUUGCUGGUGUUUGUCAGUGAUGCUGACUCACACUUUGGGAUGGACAGUAAGAUGGCAGGCAUCGUGAUUCCCAAUGAUGGGCAGUGUCACCUGGAUGUCAACAAUGAAUACUCCAUGUCCACAGUGCAAGAGUAUCCAACUCUUGGUCAGUUGAUUGAUAAGGUCGUGGAGAACAAUAUCUUACUGAUAUUUGCUGUGACAGCCGAACAGAAACAUAACUAUAAGAACUAUGCAAAUCUCAUACCUGGCGCCACGGUUGGAGUCCUGGCGACAGAUUCGCGGAACAUCCUGGAACUGAUUGUAACAGCAUACAAAGAACUGCGUUCAGAGAUUGAACUGGAGAUCCUUGGAGACACAGAAGAGCUCCAGAUGUCGUUUACAGCCAUUUGCCCAAAUGGGACCAUCCUCCCUGAUCUAAAACGCUGCUCCAACAUCAAACCUGGAGAGACGGUAGUAUUCAACGUGUCUGUGGAGCUCCCAGGAUGCCUGUCAGGAGUUCGGCACUUCUCCCUCAAACCGGUGGGUUUACAGGACAGUUUGGAGGUGGAACUGGAGUCUCUUUGCUCGUGUGACUGCCGGCAGCCUCCUGAAGCAAACAGCAGCCAGUGCACCGAGGGCCAAGGGCAUUUCCAAUGUGGCAUAUGCGUGUGUCAGCCGGGGUUCCUGGGAGCGCAGUGCGAAUGCAAUGAGGAAAGUGCUUUGUUGAAUAACUGCCUUGCAAACAACGAGUCUGAGAUAUGCAGUGGUCAGGGGGAGUGCUACUGCGGACAGUGUGUGUGUCAUGCAUCCAGCUUUGGACGCAUCUAUGGACCAUACUGCCAGUGUGACAAUUACUCCUGUGUUCGCUUCCGUGGGGAGCUCUGUGGAGGCCACGGAGUGUGUGACUGCGGGGACUGUCGCUGUGAAAGUGGGUGGACAGGGGAGUAUUGUAACUGCAGCACUAGCGUUGAGGCGUGCACGUCAGAGGAUGGCUCUCUCUGCACCGGCCGGGGAAGAUGCGAGUGUGGCCAGUGUGUCUGCUCUGUACCUGGAGCAUCUGGGGACAAGUGUGAGAGGUGCCCAACAUGUGGAGAUGCCUGUACCUCUGCAAGGACCUGUGUAGAGUGCCAUCUGGAAGAUAAGAAAGAUGCUGAGGAGUGUGAUAAAAGGUGCAGCGUCCCGAAAAUUUCCAUCAACACAACAGCAGAUUAUGACAAGAGCCCUUCUAUGCAAUGCACGAUGAUGACGGAGAAUGAAUGCUGGAUCUCAUUUAAUGUGGUAGGAGGUGAGAAGGGGACGACUGCCUACAAUCUCCAGAUGUAUGGUUGCCCGGAGCCACCCAACAUCCCCAUGAUUAUUCUGGGGGUCUCCCUUUCUGUUGUGUGUAUCGGCAUGAUCCUGCUGGGUGUGUGGAAGGUGCUGGUGUCGGUCCACGACCGUAAAGAGGUGGCGAAGUUUGAGGCUGAGAGAUCAAAGGCAAAAUGGCAGACGGGGACCAAUCCUCUAUUCAAAAGCUCAACGUCUACAUUCAAAAAUGUAACAUAUAAGAACACAGAGAGAGAAAAGAUUAUUACACUGGAUCUCUACUGACUGGAGGCAAAGCAAACCAACAUCUGAGUGCACUUAAGUUUGUGUGUGUGUAUUUGAGUGAGAGACAGAGAGAGAGAAAAUGUUAUACUAAUGUGUUUUUGUAUGAAUCUAUGUGUUGAUUCAGAGAUGUUAGAACAGUGUUUACACUGUGAACAGAGAAACACUACAUGAUGAAUUUGCUGCUGUAGAAGUGCACUGCCAAUGUACUGUUAAACACUGCACUUUCAUGAUGCAUGAUUUUACAAACUUAAACAAAUGUUUGUCCACUGUAACAUGCAGCUUGGAAAGGAGGAGUCUAUACUACGAGUGGUCUACUACUGAAAUAAAUAUUUGUUUUAUUCUAAUGAAUGUAAAUAUACAGGUGGAUGAUUAUGAAUUUUUUAAAAUAUUGUAUUUGUUUGUUGUUUUAUUGUAAAGCAAGGCUGAGCCUUUGAUGUUGAUAAAUGAGGUUUUUUUA